AAUCAGAAAUAGUUCCUGAAGCUGAAUCUUCUGAGGAAGAGCUGAUUCACCUGAAUGUCGGAGGCUGGUGCUUCUCAGUUCCCAAAAGCAAAAUCGCCCAGUUUCCAGACUCUCUGAUCUGGAAAGAGGUUUCGGCUUUGACUCAGAAUGAAAACGUGCGCCUGUUCAUUGACAGAGAUGGUUACACCUUCAGGCACGUCCACUAUUACCUGCACACCUCCAAGCUGUCCUUCUCCAGCUGUGCUGAACUGAAUUUGCUGUACGAGCAGGCCAUGCUUUUGCAGCUGACCCCGCUAUUGCAGACCUUAGACAAUUUGAAGGAAGGAAAACAUAAUUUACGUGUCCGUCCUGCGGAUAUACCAAUAGCUGAAAGAGCAUCUAUGAAUUACUGGAGAACACGAAAAUGUAUCAGCAAGCCUUCAGAAUUUCCUCUUAAAAGUCCAGCAUUUACUGGAUUACAUGAGAAAGUUCCCCUAGGACUAAUGGACACUCCAUUGCUGGAUACUGAUGAAGAAGUGCAUUACUGCUUUGUGCCACUAGACAUGGUUGAAAAAUAUCCUUCCUUGGUCAAUGAUGACAACUUGUUGUGGCUGUCUGACAAUGCUGUGCUGAUAGAAUGUGAAAGCAGUGAGUUUCGCUUCAUAGCUAAUUUUCUUCGCUCAGAGAAGAUGCUUUUGCCCGACAACUUCUCCAACCUGGAUGCUCUGGAGGCUGAGGCUGAGGCAUUGGGGAUCCCCGAAGUCACAGAAGCAGUGAAGACCUACAGGAGGAACCCUGGAAUCCACUCAGAGGGAACAGCUGACCUUCAAGGUGUUGUGAAAAGCACCAUGAAGAAGCCGCAAGCUGUUCAGGAAGCAGCAAGUCUCCCUUUGUUCCCAAUGGCGCUUGGUCUCUUGGUCAAAUAUCCUGACUCUGCUCUGGGGCAGCUUCACAUGGAGAGUACCCUGGAUGGGAACAAGCUCUAUAUAUCAGGGAAUGGUGUUCUCUUUCAACAUGUCAUGAAUUGGUUAGGCACUUGCAGACUCCCACUUAUACGGAAGAUGUCUGAGCUUCCUGAACUCUGUGCCUAUUUGGAUCAAAUGGAUAUCAUAUAUGAGCCAAUGAAGGAUGCCUUGAAAACUUUUCUAAAACAAAAGGCACCUUUAGAAACCAUGGGAAAAGGCUGGGCAGCAGGACUAACAGUCUUUUCACUCCAUCAUAUUGUCAAAGUGUAUGUAGGAAGUCACUGGUACGCAACUUACUUGCAAACAUUACUGAAGUUUCCAGAGCUGCUGUCAAAUAGCAAAAAGGUGUAUUGGAUUACUUAUGGUCAGGCUCUCCUCAUCCAUGGAGAUGGACAAAUUUUUCGACACAUCCUCAACUUCCUUAGAUUUGGCAAACUCUUCUUGCCUUCUGAAUUUAAAGAAUGGUCUCUGCUGUGCCAGGAAGUGGCCGCGUAUCAGAUCCCUUCUCUUGUGGAGGCUCUUCAUCAAUAUGACACAUACAGGUUGUGGGUGCAACAACAGGAAGCUCAAAGAGCAGCUUUUCCAUUUAGAAGUCUUGAGAUUGCAGUGCCAGAGAAAGAACAAGAAUCUGGUGAAGAGCCUCAAAAUCACUCCUAUAUUGCUGUGGAUUUAGACCAAUGUGCCAAUAGCUGGAAUUUAUCUAGAAAUACACAAGACCUGGAAGAAAGAGACAGAGUGAAUGAAAAGUCCCCCCACAUUUCCCCAACCAAGGGAUCAAAGCGAAGAAAUAAUUGGGAAGGAUAUAGCCAGUCCACAGAUGGGUGGGACAGUUCCUGCUGUUUCAGACAGCCUGAAAGGAAAAGAGGAGCAAAAGGCAAUUUAACCAAAAAACCUGAAAACAGAGACACUCCCAUCCAGAAGCUCAUUUCCCUAGUGCAGGGAUGGGAUAUGGCAAACUAUCGGCGCAGUGAAACCCAGCAGGUGGCAACAUCCAAUGGUGUCAAAGUGGCUGAAGAUCCUGAAAGGAGGGUGCCUUGCAAUUUCCCACCAGCCACUUGCUUUGGGGUCAACAGUCCUGAGCUCACAAGUAAUGGGCAGCUGCCGAAAGCUGGGCAGUGCCUGCUAGGCAUCCCAGCUUCUGAGGCGUGGCUUGUCAAGAUUGGAAGACAAAGCAUUUCUGAGGAGGUUUCUUCAGUGGCUGAAAAUGUUGCAGCCAAGGAACUGAGUGGCCAGAAAGAGAGAGAGAAAGAACCUGAUGGCUUCUUGUUCAGCAGAGAUGUGGUGUUAGUGAUCAAUCACCUCUUUAUUGUGAUGGAGAGGGGGACAUUCCCUGAACAAAGCAGCAGUGCUAUCAUGGAUGAGCCCCAUGGGGACACUGGCUUGAUUCUUAAAGUGGAGCAUCCUCCGAUUGUGGCUUGUGAUGGUUCCUGCUCAUCUCAUGAAAGCAGCAUUCUCUACAGCACACACCUGGAGGACAUGAAAGUAGCCAGUGGCCUAGCACACCCCAUGGCCAAAGAUAUUGUCUUUCUGAGUUUUCCAUUGUCACAAGAGGAGAUUUUUUAUGCCCGAAAGUGCCACUGCUUUCUCACCGAUGUCAUCUUAGAUUCCAUAAGGCAGAAGGACCCCAAGAAAAUGACUGCCAAAGUCGAACUGCUUGUGCAGAGGCUGUGGAGCCUAGAGAUCACAGCUAAGGAGUUUGUGGCUGACUUGCUGAAUGUGGCGCCCUUUAAAGCAGAUAGUCAUGCUUGUGAGAAGUUACUGAAAUGGAUUGAAUUUACACUGCCAUUUGCCUGGAAGUACAGUUGCUGCAUUGACCUGCUGAUAAAAAAAGGUUACUUUCAAUCACUCUCUCAUUUUGUCAUAGGGAAAUAUUUACAGAAACCUUAAUAAAACUGAA